ACCUUUCAUUCGCCCAACAUGCCCGGAGGCGCAGUCGUGUUUGGAACGGCCGACACAAGCCGCAUUGAGGCGCCAGUAACCUUCAAGACAUACUUUAUGUGUGUCUUCGCUGCGUUUGGCGGUAUCUUCUUCGGCUACGACACUGGCUGGAUGGGUGGUGUCUUGGGAAUGCCCUACUUCAUCCAGAUGUACACCCACAAGCCAUAUCCCGCAGACCCACGAGCGGCCCAUAUUCCUUCCGACUUUGCUCUCCCUGCCUGGGAGAAGUCGUUGAUGACCUCGAUUCUCUCUGCUGGUACUUUCUUCGGUGCUCUUAUCGCGGGUGACGUUGCGGACACCAUUGGUCGUCGUCCUACCAUUGUCAUUGGCUGUGUGGUUUUCGCUGUUGGCUGCAUUCUCGAGAUCGCUCCUAAAGACGCUCUCGCUUGCUUUGCUAUCGGUCGUGUCAUCGCUGGCGCCGGUGUUGGCUUCAUCUCCGCCAUCAUCAUCCUCUACAUGUCGGAAAUUGCCCCCAAAAAAGUCCGUGGUGCACUCGUCUCGGGCUACCAAUUCUGCAUCACCAUUGGCAUUUUGCUCGCCAACUGUGUGGUAUACGCCACGCAAGACCGCCUCGACACUGGCUCCUACCGUAUCCCCAUCGGUGUCCAAUUUCUCUGGGCCAUCAUUCUGGGCGGCGGUCUGCUUUUCCUCCCCGAAUCGCCGCGUUACUGGGCGAAGAAGGGCGACAUCGAGCGCGCCACGGACUGCCUUGCACGUGUCCGUGACCAACCGCGCGACUCGGACUACGUCCAAGACGAGCUUGCGGAAAUCAUCGCCAACCUGGAGUUUGAGAAGGAGCACAUCCCUGCCACUGGCUACGUCGGUUCGUGGCUCGCUUGCUUCAAAGGCUCGAUUUGGGAUGGCAGCUCUAACAUCCGCCGCACUAUCGUCGGCACCGGUCUUCAAUGCGCCCAGCAGUUCACCGGUAUCAACUUCAUCUUCUACUUCGGCACGUCCUUCUUCCAAACCCUUGGCACGAUCAGCAACCCCUUCCUUAUCUCCCUUGUCACGACCCUCGUCAACGUCCUCUCGACGCCGUUCUCGUUCUACAUCAUCGAGAAGUUCGGCCGUCGCCGCAUUCUUCUCAUCGGUGGCUCGUUCAUGGUCAUCUGCCAAUAUAUUGUCGCCAUCAUUGGCACCGCUGCCCCCCACGCUCAAACUCCGGGGGGCAACCCGGCUGCGGUCAGGGCCGAAAUCGCGUUCAUCUGCCUCAACAUUGCCUCGUUCGCCAUGACCUGGGGCCCGGCCGCCUGGGUCGUCGUCGGCGAAAUGUUCCCGCUCCCGAUCCGCUCCCGCGGCGUGGGAAUGUCCACCGCCUCCAAUUGGUUCUGGAACUGCAUUAUCGGCGUCAUCACCCCGUACUUUGUCUCGACAGACGAGGCCAACCUCGGGCCCAAGGUGUUCUUCAUCUGGGCGUCGACCUGCGCUCUUUCUGUCACCUUCGCCUACUUCACGGUCUCUGAGACGAAAGGCCUGUCGCUCGAGCAGGUCGAUCAGAUGCUCAACGAGACGACGCCGCGCACCUCAAGCAGCUGGAGACCGCACACCACCUGGGCUGCCGAAAAGGGCAAGGUCGGUGCGGCAGAGGAGAAGCUUGAAGAUAAGGAGAGCGCUUAA